UUUUAUUUGGGUAGAGCAAAGCGAAAGAAAAGAAAAGGCAAGUAAGUAAGUAUCGAAUGUGUUGAAGAAAGGCGAGAAUAGAUUAACUGACCAUAGAGGUAGAAUACAGCUGCUGCUUACUAGGUAUAUACACUGUGCGGCAACUGAUGAAUCUGGAGAUGUGUAUAAGCAUGCGUGUGAAGGUGUCUAGUUAUGGGAGAAGACCACGUGGGGUUUAUAAGUGUGUACUUUCCAACAGACAAUAACAGUAGACACACACCUAACACAUUGAGACGCGAAUCAAUUAAUGGAGUAGUAAACGGAAGAAAUGUUCUAAGAGAGUAAAAGUUUUGUGAUUCAUUAAAAGUGAUAGUAAUACCAAAGAUAUUAUAAUCCCACGUUUCGUCGGUAGAAGUAUAAAAAUGAGUCGUACAGGAGUUAUCAGAAUGCCGGUAGCAGAACUUGCGAGAAAUCAGAAUGUUCUUACCAUUGAGAGAGAUCAACAAGAGAACUUUAUCAAAGGAAAACAGAGGGUUAAAAUUGAUAGAUUUCCUCAUGAGGAAGUGGACUUUACGUUAUCCUUUACUAAUGAACCAUCAAGUCCAUCAGCUUUGAAACCUUGUCAUUGCAAUUUCCGCAGAGAUAGUUGUACUUGUGAUUAUGCACCAGGAGGAAACCAUGAUGUUGUUUAUUUUAAAUUAGAUUUGAGGUUUCAAAAUUACCUACAUGAAAUGUCACAUGAUUACAAGUACAGAAUAACAUGUAACAUGAGACUUAAGAUUGGCAAACAACAACAAGUCUGCUCUUUUGAUGAAAUCAGGAUUGCAAAAAGUAUGACUUUUUUUGUUAAUUCAGAUCAUCACAUGGAUUGCAUUCUCAAUGAUCUCAGUGGCGCAUUGAUUACUGUAGAAAUUGACAGAUUUUGUAUUAGACCAGACUUUUCAUUCAAUAAAAUCCAAAAUGAUUUUAGAGCUCUGUUAGAUAAUCCAGUACACAGUGAUGUAACACUUAAAGUUGGAGAUGUGUCCAUCAAAGCUCACAAGAAUAUAUUGUCAUGUAGAAGUAUAGUUUUUCAAGCCAUGUUCAACUGUGAAAUGACAGAAAAUCAAACUGGAAUAGUAAACAUUGUUGAUGUUUCUCCUAAAGUGAUGCAAGAAUUAUUAUGUUAUAUUUAUACUGGUAGGAGUAACAAUUUAGAUAAAAUGCCAGUUGAAUUGUUUGAAGCUGCUGCCAAAUAUCAAUUGAAUGAUUUGAAAACAGAAUGUAUAGAGUUUUUAAUUUUUCAUGUGAACCCAGAAAAUAUUGUUGAAUUGUCUAAGUUAGUUGAGAUGUAUGCAGUGGAAGAAUUAACAGAAAAAAUUUCAGCUUUUAUGAAGAAAUAUAAAAGAAUUGUGAGAAACACUAAUUUGACUAUAUAGAUUGAUUAACAUUUUAGAAAAAAAUUUAAGUUUUUAUUGAUUGUGUAAAAGAUCAACUAAUUAAAUAGGAAAAUUUGAUAUUGGAUAUGGUUUCUGUUUUAUGAAUUCUAUGAAAUCAAUUUAGUGCCAUAUUUUAUAAGAACAAUUGUAGAUAUCAGAAUGUUAAUCACAACCAAAUUAAAAUACAAAGAUAAAAAUGGUUAGAUAUUACCUAUGCUUCAAUUUGUAUUUUAGAUAUUUUAUAAGCCAAUGUUAAUUGAAUAUAUGUUGAAUUUUCAAAUUUAUUUGUUUUGGAAAAAUUGGAAUAAAAAAAUGUCUGAUGUAUUAUAUUUGUCACUUAAUCUAUUUAGAAAGUGUUCAACAUUGUCAAUCAUUUAAAUAUUCAAAAAU